GUUUCAUCAGAAAAGUUAAUUAUUGCGAAUGGGUGGCUAACCCAGUCCGAGUGAAGAAGGCAAAUGGGAAAUGACGAAUGUGUAUCGACUACACAAAUCUUAACCAAGCUUGCCCCAAGGAUUGCUAUCCGAUGCCGAGCAUUGACAAGUUGGUUGAAGCGGCUUUAGGUACUGAGAGGUUAAGUCUCUUGGAUGCAUAUUCUGGAUAUCACCAAGUGCCGAUGGCUCCAGAAGACGAAGAGAAAACCUCGUUCUAUGCUGGUGACGAAAUAUAUUGCUAUGUCACGAUGCCGUUUGGCAUCGGUAGGAAUCUAGAGGUUUAUGUCGAUGAUAGUGUGGUAAAGAGCCUGAAAGCAAAAGACCAUCUAGUUGACCUCGAUGAAACUUUCAACAAUCUCAAGAAGAACAGAAUGAGGUUAAACCCAGCCAAAUGCAUCUUCGGCGUGGAGUCUGGAAAGUUUCUAGGCUUCAUGGUGUCCCGAAGAGGGAUUGAGGUCAAUCCAGAAAAGAUCAAAGCAAUUGUCGAGAUGGAACCGGGGAAGUCAGUGAAAGAUAUACAGAGAUUGACAGGGAGGGUGGCAGCUCUUCAUCGAUUCAUAUCGAAGUUAGCAGAUAAGUGCCUGCCAUUUUUCAAGAUUAUGAGCUCACCACCUCUGCUGACUAAAGCCAUAGAUGGAGAGAUUCUGUACUUGUAUCUGGGAAUUUCAACUGAAGCCAUCAAAUUGAGAUAUCCUAUUGCUGAGAAAGCAGCAUUAGCAGUUGUCACUUCGGCCAGGAAGCUGAGGCUAUAUUUCCAGUCACACCCAAUCAUUGUCCUCACAGAUCAACCUUUUCGACAGAUUCUACAGAAACCAGAGUGCUCCAGAAGAUUAAUUAAGUGGGCAGUAGAACUGGGGGAAUUCGAGAUAACAUUUCAGCAGAGAUCUGCAAUCCGAGCUCAAGCACUGGCAGAUUUUAUUGUAGAAUGCACUCCAUGUCAUUCAACCCCUAAUCCAGAACCCAAGGAUUGGACCUUAUACGUUGAUAGGGCAUCUAGUAACAACGGUUCAGGAGCUGGUGCUCUCUUGCUUGGCCCAGAUGGAUACCAUAGUGAGCAUGCUCUGAAAUUUAACUUCGAUGCAACAAACAACAUGGCUGAGUAUGAAGCCCUACUACUUGGUCUGCAACUAGCGUUGGAGUUGAAAAUCAGUGCGAUCCAAGUAUACACCCUGGUGGCCAAGCUGAAGUGCAAGUUCCAGAAAUUCUGUCUGAGCAAAAUCCCUCGAGCUGAGAAUGAGCAGGCAGAUUCACUCUCUAAGUUUGCCUCUGAUAGCUCUUUAAGUUCUAGAUCAGUUUUUGUGGAAGUCUUAGAUGAACCAAACUUCAUGAAGCCAUGGAUGAUGGAGAUCAACACAAACCCAGACACGCCGAGUUGGACUGACUCAAUUAUAUCCUUUUUCCAUGUUGGUGCUAGAACUCUGGCUCACAAAGUAUUAAGGCAGGGAUAUUACUGGCCAAACAUGUACAAAGAUGCCACUCACUUUGUUCAGAGAUGCCCGAAAUGUCAAUUCUUUGCACAUCUGACUCACCAACCAGCAGAAGAGCUCACGAACCUGGUAGCACCGUGGCCAUUUGCUCAGUGGGGACUGGAUCUUUUAGGCCCAUUUGUGAAAGGGGUUGGUGGUGUAACCCAUCUGAUUGUUGGUGUGGAUUAUUUCACAAAGUGGGUUGAAGCUCGGCCAUUAUCCAGUCUUACCUCCAAGAAGGUCGAAGACUUUGUUUUUAGCUCGAUCAUUUGCAGAUAUGGGAUCCCAAAUCAGAUUGUGGAUGAUAAUGGAACUCAGUUCAACUGCAACUCUUUCCGAGAUUUUUGUUCCAGCUACGGGAUCAAAUUGCAGUUCACCUCGGUUUACCAUCCGGAGUCAAACGGUAUGGUAGAAUCUGUCAAUAAAUGCAUUUUAGAAGGAAUAAAACUGAGGUUGGAACAGCACAAGGCCAAGUGGGCGGACGAGCUCAACAACGUCCUAUGGGCAUACAGAACAAUGAGCCGAACUGCCACAGGUGAAACACCCUACCACUUGGCCUUUGGCACCGAAGCAGUCAUUCCUAUUGAAAUAGGAGUCCCAAGCUUCCACAUCACCCAUUUCGAUAAUGGCCGAAAAGGACAAAUGCUUCGGGAAAACCUUGAUUUGCUUGUUGAAGUCAGAGAAAAAGCACGACUUCGAACUUUAGUAUACAAGCAAAAACUAGCCAACUUCUACAAUAAACGAGUCCGCCCUCGAACAUUCAAAGUAGGAGAUCUUGUUCUCAGGAAGGCUGGCCUAACAGGGUUUAAAACUCAUUUUGGCAAACUGGCCCCAAAUUGGGAAGACCCUUAUACAGUGGCCGAAGUGCCACAUCCUGGUGCCUAUGUCCUUCAAGACGCUGAAGGAAAGAGAGUUCCUAGAGUCUGGAAUGUUAACAACUUGAAGAAAUUUUACCCCUAAUAAACUCCUUUCAAGUGAUCUAUGUCCUACUACUAAUUACUCCAUGAUUGUUAAGAUUCAUUUUACCUCUUACUCUGUGUAUCCGAGGUCAAUUUGUUUAACAUUCAUUCCUUAAACGUCAAUCCUAUUAAUGAAUGUCACUUCGCAUA